UUCAUCAUGGAAUAAUGAUUCACAUAACCAGAAUCGAGCGUCUAUGAGAUUAGAGAGUCCAAAGCUCUCUCGUAUCACAACAUAUAUAAUCAACGCAUUCCCCGUCGACUGAAUUCAGUGCUCUCAAAAUGUUUGUUCUAAUCGGUUUGCUGAUCGGUGCUCUUACCCUCGCCGCUUGGUGGGUGCACCAAAACUAUUCGUAUUGGUCGCGUCGCGGAAUUCCUCACGAUCCACCAAAUAUUCCGCUUGGUAACACCAGUGAACUUAUGCGUACAAUGCAACUAUCGCAUAUUCUCAAGAGAACUUACUUUAAGUACAAGAAUAAAACCGAUGGACCCUUCGUGGGAUUCUAUGUGUAUGCCAAGAAAUUCGUCGUAGUCACCGAUAUUGAUUUUGUCAAGACCGUACUGAUUCGGGACUUUGACAAGUUCCACGAUCGUGGUAUAUUCCACAAUGAAAAGGAUGAUCCGCUGACCAGUAAUUUGACUACGGUUGAGGGUCAAAAAUGGAGAACUCUACGGCAGAAACUAACACCGACUUUUACUUCUGGAAAAAUGAAGAAUAUGUUUCCCACGGUUUUAAAAGUGGGCGAUGAACUUAUUCGGGUUUUCGAUGAGAAGAUUUCAGGAUCUAAAACCCUGGAAAUCACAAAUCUCCUUUCCCGUUUCACCGCCGAUGUGAUUGGCGUUUGUGCCUUUGGUUUGGAAUGCAAUAGUUUAAGGGAUCCCAAGGCGGAGUUCGUGAGGAUGGGCAAUUCGGCGAUUAGCGAACGUCGUCAUGGCAGACUGGUGGAUCUACUGCUAUUCGGGGCACCCAAACUAUCCGCCAAACUGGGCAUUAAGACCUUGAAACCAGAGGUUGAGGAUUUCUAUAUAGAUAUUGUCAAGGACACCAUCGAUUACAGGGUAAAGAACAAGAUUACUCGAAACGAUUUCAUGGACAUGCUGAUAGACAUGAAGCUGAAGUACGAUAAUGGCGAUAAGCAGGAUGGUCUUACGUUCAAUGAGAUUGCAGCCCAGGCCUUUAUAUUUUUCUUGGCUGGAUUCGAAACGAGCUCUACUACCAUGGGUUUUGCCCUCUAUGAACUAGCCUGCAAUCAGGAUGUGCAGGAUAAACUGAGAUUGGAAGUUAACUCCGUGCUGGAGAAGCAUAAUGGUAAACUGGACUAUGAUAGCAUGCGAGAGAUGAUCUAUCUGGAAAAGGUUAUCGAUGAAACCCUGCGGAAACAUCCUGUGGUGGCCCACUUAGUACGCAUUGCCACGAAACCCUAUGUGCAUAGUAACCCCAAAUAUAACAUUGAAACCGACACUGGAGUUUUGGUUCCCACUUUGGGCAUCCAUCACGAUCCCGAGUUCUAUCCGGAACCGUAGAAGUUUAUCCCGGAGCGUUUCGAUGAGGAUCAGGUGGAACAGCGUCCUGCCUGCACUUUCUUGCCCUUUGGAGAUGGUCCCCGAAACUGUAUUGGUCUGCGAUUUGGACGCAUGCAGGUGGUCGUUGGAAUGGCUCUUCUUAUCCACAACUUUAAAUUUGAGUUGCAUCCGAGUAAGACAGAGGUUCCCAUCAAAUACAAAGUGGGAAAUAUAUUGUUAAGCGCCGAGGGAGGAAUAACCUUGAAUGUUAGCAAGAUAUAAAUCUAAAGUAAUUUAUUUUGCCAGAUGAUAUUUUAUUGAAGUUGUUA